UCGUAAUCGCCAACGACACUUUGACCACCAUCCACCCAUCCCAUCACAUCACAUCCCAUCCCAUCCCCAUCUCAGCAAUCAUCACCCCUCCACCUGCAGCACGGGGCUUCCAUUUCGUGAUUCGUGAUCGCCGCCGGUGGACAGCCGCAUUCCCACCGCCCGGUCGCCAAUACGCCCAAACCAACAAACAGGCCUCCUCGGCAACUCAUUGUGGGCUGCGAUCUCCUCGCUGGAGCCCUUCAGGAUCCCCUCCCCUUGACUCAGGGCCCGCCCACUAGUCAGGAGCCAGUCCUCCACAAUCUCCAUCAACGGUCCGGGGGAAGAGACAGACAUCAUCUGAAGUCCGGGCAACCAACUCACGCGCAUACACACACGCGCGCGCCACCGAACCAUGGCCACCACCACCACCACCACGUCCUCAGCCCCGGCAGCAUCGCCGCCAUCGUCGUCGCCGCCCGUCUUCAACUACAUCCUGUCCUUUAUCCUCGUCGGCCUCGCCUGGGGCCUCACCACGCCCUUCAUCCGCGCCGCCGCCCGCUCCCACCGCCCGCCCCCGCACCCGCUCCUCGACGACCCCCGCGUGCGCGCCUCGUGGCUGCGCGCCCGCCUCCUCGGCGCCCUCUUCGCCGUCGCCGACCUGCUGCGCAACCCCCGCUACGCCGUCCCGCUGCUCCUCAACCUCACCGGCAGUGUCUGGUUCUUUCUCCUCAUUGGGCAGGCCGAACUGAGCCUCACCGUGCCCAUUGUCAACACCUUGGCCUUUCUCUUCACCGUCCUCGGCGAGUGGUACGUCGAGGGCAAGGUCAUCAGCAGAGAUACCGGCAUCGGAAUGGCCCUUUCCUUGAGUGGAAUUGCCCUGUGCGUACAUAGCAAGACGUGACGUUGUACGAAUGCUUGCCCUAUAAUUCGCCCGUGUUAAGAUCUACGCUAGCUCAUAACCACCCAUGUGGGUGCUUUGAUGUGGCUCCUGUUCCACACGUGUAUCAAAAGUUCAGACACGACCGUAUGAUAGAUUGGCUGCUCCCGGCAGCAUCAUGUAUUUUAACAAGGAAAGCCUGUUCCCAAUGCAACACUCCGUC